AUGGAAUUUAAGACAUUUAACCCGAGAAUAUCACUAUUAACAAUUAAAGCAUACUGGUUUAAUCUCACAAUUAUUAGUGUUCAUGCCCCUACUGAGGAAAAGACUCAAGAAGAAAAAGACGACUUCUAUGAUGAAUUAACGAACGUAGUAUAUGGAAUACCUAAUAACAGAAUAGUGGUUAUAUUAGGAGACCUUAAUGCAAAAGUAGGAAAAGAAUUAAUAUUUAAACCAACCAUUGGCCACCAUAGCUUGCAUGAAGUAACUAACAAUAAUGGCCUCAGCCUAAUCGACUUUGCAACGAGCAAAGGCUUAGUGAUCAAGAGCACAAUGUUUCCCCAUAAAAAGGUCAAUAAGGGAACAUGGAAGUCACCAGAUGGGAAUCACACAAAUCAAAUUGACCAUGUACUAGUCAAUAACAGGUUCAAAAACAGUAUUACGGAUGUCAAAACGAUGCGAGGAGCGGACUGUGACUCUGACCACUAUUUGGUUAAGGUAAAAAUUAAAGCAAGAGUGAAGAGAAGGGUGGCAACAAGGCCAACCGUAAUAGACAGAUAUGAUAUAACUAAGUUCACAGAUGAAAUUUUCUGUAAACGUUUUAAAAGUGAGAUACACAAACGCAGCAGUGAAUUAAAUAUAGAUAGUAUAGACUCAAUAAAUAAUAUGUGGAGGAGGGUACAGGAGACAAUAAAAGAAACAUCAGCUGAAGUCCUGGGAAAACUAAAAAACCGUGGUUCAAUGAGAGAUAUGAGAAAGCCCUAA